AUCGGCGCGCUCGGGCCUCCGCUUCCGGCGGCGGGAGCGGUGCAGAGUCAGCUGCGGGCGGGGGCGCCACCGGCACCGGCACCGGCACCGGCUCCAGGAUUCGGCCUCGCCGUCAGCAGCGCCGCCGUCACCAUGGGCAACAUCUUCGGGAACCUGCUGAAGAGCCUGAUCGGGAAGAAGGAGAUGCGGAUCCUGAUGGUGGGGCUGGACGCCGCCGGCAAGACCACCAUCCUCUACAAGCUGAAGCUGGGCGAGAUCGUCACCACCAUCCCCACCAUCGGGUUCAACGUGGAGACGGUGGAGUACAAGAACAUCAGCUUCACCGUGUGGGACGUGGGUGGGCAGGAUAAGAUCCGGCCCCUCUGGCGGCACUACUUCCAAAACACCCAGGGGCUGAUCUUCGUGGUGGACAGCAACGACCGGGAGCGGGUGAACGAGGCGCGGGAGGAGCUGAUGCGGAUGCUGGCGGAGGACGAGCUGCGGGACGCCGUGCUCCUCGUCUUCGCCAACAAGCAGGACCUGCCCAACGCCAUGAACGCGGCGGAGAUCACGGACAAGCUGGGGCUGCACUCCCUGCGCCACCGUAACUGGUACAUCCAGGCCACCUGUGCCACCAGCGGGGACGGGCUCUACGAGGGCCUCGACUGGCUCGCCAACCAGCUCAAGAAUAAGAAGUGAGCGGGCGGCCGCCGGCCCCGG